AAAGGAAUCGGAAUCAUCCCCGGGAUAUUGGAAUUCUAGAUUUGAAUCAAGAAAGAAGGAUCGGGGUCGGCUGUGGCGGCGGGAUGUGGGCUGGUGAUCGGAAUCGCCGAUGAUUGGAUUCCUGACGGGCGGCGAUGAUGGUGAUUAUUUGGAGGAAUGCGAGACUGGAGAAACGUAAGGCCGCCGCGCCGAGGAAGCUCCACGGGGCAGUGGAGGUCGAGACAGGUUGGCAGGUGUUCCCCCUGCCCGCCCCGCCGACGCUGAUGUCGUCGGUGGGGACGCGACGGUCGACGAGGGUGUUAAUCCCCAAAAUCUCCUCAGUGGCUAGGGUUGGCGACGGCGUCUCUAGCGUCCUCGGAUCUCCGAAGACGCUUGCCGUACGGAGGCACGGCGAUAAGUGGUUGGGGGUCUUUGGCGGCGGUGGAGCCGAGGAUCACCGGUGCGAGAAGAGAGAGAAAGGGGAAACACGUGAUCUUGGAUGCUCGGAUGGGUUGAACGAGCCUGGUGAGACCGCUGGGAAGACACCGGAGUCCGAUGUUCCGGAGGACUCGUGCGAUACUUGUCUAGGGAGGAAGUUUGGGAUCGUUUAUGGGCGUAGGAGGCAGAGGCACCUCUCUGGUGGUGGGGCUUCGACAUCUUCUUCUGUCGGGCAUCGGGCUUCGGAGAUAAAGAGAAGAAACGGGUUGGUUUUCGUGCGGAAAGGUUGCAGGAGGAAGUCAGAUGUGCCGACUCUACACCAAGAAAUUAAACGAGAUCCAGAGCUUGCGGAGACCUCGAUUGAAAGAGGAAUCAUAAAAAGGGAGCUUAAAAUUGCAGUCUCUGCUGGGAACUUUGCAAAGAAGAACGCCAUCUUGGAAAAUAGUUUGUGCACAAACAUCAAUGAUCGUAUGGUGCUGACGCUGUUCGUGGAAUCCUCUUGUGCCAGUAGUUCACUCUGUUUUCCAAGAUUUCUGAUCACCACACUCAAAUGGAUGAGGAGGUCCACGGUGACAGUCCAGGAAUUUGCUGCAUUCUUAUUAUCUGGAUCGUUAGCUACCGUCUUUUCUCGGCAGGGAGUUCAUGUAUUACCACUCAGGUGGCAGAAGAAUAAUGUUAUUUUUUCAGGCGUUCUGCAUUGUUGUGGGCUAUGCAAGAUUUAUGGUGCUAGACAGUCUGUUCCACUGCUACUGCUUGAUUUUUCGGCGCUUCCAAUUUACUUUAGGAGCUUGCAUGUCAGUAUGCUUCUCGGGUCCCUUUAUUUACCUCGUGUUCUUACAAGAUACUUAAUGUGCUUGUCUGGGGCUGUCAAUUAUGAAGAAAAUGAUUCAUGUGUUCUUGUGGAGGCAGGUAAUUUGGGAACUGAAGUUUCUAUGGUUCCUGUUACAGUGAGGCAUGAACAAAAUGAUACCAUUGAUGCCUGUAAAUCAGCAAUAGAAAAUGCAACUAAUUUGCUCGGUUCAGGGCUAAGCAAGCAUUGCGGAAGGAGAAGUUUCUCAGGAGGUUGGAGCUUGUCUGGGGCUGUCAAUUAUGAAGAAAAUGAUUCAUGUGUUCUUGUGGAGGCAGGUAAUUUGGGAACUGAACUUUCUAUGGUUCCUGUUACAGUGAGGCAUGAACAAAAUGAUACAAUUGAUGCCUGCAAAUCAGCAAUAGAAAAUGCAACUAAUCUCGGUUCAGGGCUAAGCAAGCGUUGCGGAAGGAGAAGUUUCUCAGGAGGUUGGAACUUGUCUGGGGCUGUCAAUUAUGAAGAAAAUGAUUCAUGUGUUCUUGUGGAGGCUGGUAAUUUGGAAACUGAACUUUCUAUGGUUCCUGUUACAAUGAGGCAUGAACAAAAUGAUACCAUUGAUGCCUGUAAAUCAGCAAUAGAAAAUGCAACUAAUUUGCUCGGUUCAGGGCUAAGCAAGCAUUGCGGAAGAAGAAGUUUCUCAGGAAGUUGGAGCCUGUUGAGUUCAAAUGCUGAUGCAUUGUUACCAUUGCACUCCAAUCAGUGUGGUGCUAGUGGUUUAUCAGAAGCUAAAGCAAGUUUCCAUGCUGAAUUCAUGGCAAAGCCAAUUUGUCCUGAGGUGCCUGAUGCCUGUACUGAGAAGGUGCUCAGUUCCAAAUAUGAGAGUGAUGUCUCGACUCUUUUCAGUUCCCAUCGGAAGCAGAGGAAGUCAGCUAACAAGGAGCUGAAGUCUGCAUUGGCCGAGGUGAAGAAGAACAUAGACACCUCACGUUGCAAUGCAAAUGUCUUGGUUGUUGAUGCUGACAGGUGUUGGAGGGAGGAAGGCUUUGAAGUUUUGUUGGACACCUUGCCCUCUAAGGAAUGGCGUAUAGCAGUCAAGUCACAGGGUGAAACAUAGUACCUGCACAAACCUCUGAAUAUGAGACGCUGUGUCGUCAAUCGUUUCACUCAUACCUAUAUUUGGGCUGCUGAAGAUAGGUGGAAGCUCGAGUUUCUGGAUAGGUGGGAUUGGCUUGUGUUUAAGGAAUUGCAUGAGGAAUGCCAGCAGCGCAACCUGCAGGAAGAUUCCUCCAGGACAAUUUCGGUGCCUGUGUACAGGGAGGUUUCUGGCUAUGCCGAUGGUUCUCGAUCAACUUUUAUACGCCCUGAUUAUUAUAUCAGAACUGAGGAUGAUGAGAUCCAUCGAGCUCUAUCAAGUAAAAUUGCUCGGUAUGAUAUGGAUUCCGGGGAUGAGAAGUGGCUCACUGAUCAUAACUCUGGAAUUCUGCAUCCGGGCCUUGGUGAACUAAAAAAUAUUUCAGCGGACGACUUUGAGAAAAUAAUUUAUGCAAUGGAGAAGGGUGCUUACAGCAAUGUGGAUCAUGUGUUUGAUAAGGAAAAGGCAUUCAAAUUUUGUCAGGAUUUAGGAAAGAGGGAGAUAUUGGGUGCCAUUUAUGACUACUGGGAAAAAAAGAGAAACAAGAAACAUACAGCUUUAGUUAGAGAAUUUCAGUCUCCGCCUUUGCUGAGGUCACUGUUGGUGCAUACACCAUUUCUGCGUAAAAAGAGAUCUUUCAAGAGAUAGUGGAGCCAGACACCAAGAACAUCGCCAGAGGUCAUUUCACAAGGUUUGUUUUCC